AUGUCUCAACAUGUUGGAAACCAAGUGGAGAAUAGUCCAACAACUCCCGGGGGAGUUGGAAGUAGUAACAAAACUCCUCCUGAAAGAAAUGUCAAUGAUGAUGAAAAUGACGAUGAUGACGUUGAUGGUGAAGAUCCGCAAGAUAGCAGCAUCACCUCGUCAAAUGCAAAGUGGUGUGCACAAGAAUACAACGUACUUGUCUCAGCUUGGAUAGAAUGUGCAAUUGAAGAUCCGGAGACAGCAACUGAUCAGAGUUUGGCUAUGAUGUGGAAAUCCGUAUACGAGUUGUAUGAGCAAUCCAGGAAAGAAAAUUCUUCCACUAUCCGCCCCAAAACCUUGAGAGCUAUGAAAGGUCGUUGGGGUAGAAUAAACAAAGAUGUGAACCUAUGGGUUGGGUGCUAUGCUGCGGCACAAUGUAGAAAUGCAAGUGGUACCAACACUUACAAUGUCAUGACUGAAACUCAAGAAAUGCCAACAAACAAGCAAGUGUCGAAUACCAGUGAAAGUGAUUGCUCCAAAAGAUCAAAACCAGAUACUGCAACAAAAGUAGGUCGGCAUGGACGUCCAGAUGGGGUGAAAAAGGCAAAAAGAAAAGGGAAAUCUGUAGCUAGUUCUGGAAUUAAUAAUUUAGAUUCAUUUACUCAAGCCCUAUCAGAGAUGAUGAAGGAGAAAUACAAAAGUGUUGAUGAGAAGCAAGCUGAUGUAGCGCAACAAAUGUUGGAUUAUCAAAAGGAGCGAGAUGUCAUCAAGAGAAAGAGGAAAAAGGAGGAAAAGAGUUCUGGUAUUUUCGAUUAUGUGGUGAACGACUAUGUUGAAUGGCACGAAUCAAUUACUCAAAGGCGUAAGGAAGAGGAAUUAAUUGAGGAAGCGAUCAAUUCAGCUGUUGUCCCCCUUGUCACCUCUACUCUUCAGGUCCCAUUCACUCCCGGUCCUGAGAAGCAAAGGUGGUGCGUACCAAGAGAUCGUGAAGAUGUUGAUACACGGUUAUAUAAAGACUACUUUAGUCCCAAACCACUUUAUAAUGAUGAUAUGUUUUGUCAAAGAUUUUUCAUGCGUAAACACGUUUUCACGCGCAUUGUUAAGGAGCUAAGAAAAAGUAACGAAUACUUUCGACAAAGGCCUGAUGUCACAGGAAGACUUGGUGCUUUGGCUUUUCAAAAAUUCACUACGGCAAUGAGGAUGUUGGCUUAUGGUUCACUAAAUGAUAUAAAUGUCCUCCAACAUUCGCCAAUGUUCGAUGAUAUUUGUGAAGGUCGAGCCCCAGAGGUGAGUUUUAAUGUGAAUGGAAAUAGAUACAAUAUGGGAUACUACCUUACAGAUGGUAUAUAUCCAAAAUGGACAGCAUUUAUCCCAGCCAUCAAGCUUCCACAAACUGCUAACUAA